UCCCUCCGAAAGCAUUGCUACUACGACGACGACGACUUCUAUUGCCCCGCUUCUGAUUGAGCACGUUCAAUGUCGCAACCCAAUUUCGCUGUUGUUGUGAUUGUGCGUGCGACUUCGAAAGAAGGGGGCAGAAUGAUGAGAUGGCCAACGGACCACGACGUGUUAUAAACAGACUUACAUUUCACUGUUCCUGGCUUGCGAUUUUUAAUGAAUAUUGUGAAGUGAGACGAGUUGUACGGCAAAUUUGAGCUCUUCGUGGCGUUGUUGGAGGCGGAAUGCGAGUGACAAGCGCUCAGUUGUUGAGUUCCUAGCUGUCUGAUUAGGUGCAAAACUUGAUGCUAUUGGUUUCCGGAGAAUUUCUUUCAGUCUCAUUUAUGGUGGUGUAAGACCUCUCGAAAAUGGAAGCUGUGGCUGUUGGCGUACCUUGAGCGGGUUAGAGUUCGGCAUUGUGGCGGAGCGUGUAGAUAGGGGAUGGACAGGAUGUGUGAUGAAAGAGUUGCCCUGGUAUUAACGCGGUUGAGAGGUUUGUGAGAGGAGCCUAAUGGGGAGAUUAAUGUAGAGGAGCCAGGGUUUUGUGGCUUUGUGUGGUUAGGAAUUUGAUCAUGUGAGUGUCAUCGCUGCCCAUGAGGUUUGCCUUCGUGGAGACCUAUUCCACUGUUUUGUGGCUUCAGAAAACAUGCCGGGUUGAUGCCUCCGGGAUCGUCAGGGACUUCUUGUGGAGUUUUGGAGUAGUAACCCUAAGUAUGGAGAGAGAGGAGGGUUUUAAGAUUGGGUAGUGGAGUUGCGCUGCAUGGUAGUAGGAACGAAUUUUUAGUGCGAGAGAUGCCAGUGAGUGAUAUAGUGCAAUGGUGAAUUUAACUAUACGCCUCGGCAAGACCGGGGCUGGAGCCGGAGCCAUACCAGGCGGGAAGCAGGAGCAAGCCGGCGGUACAAUCCCCAAGGGUCCAUCUGUUCCGCCUCAUUUGAUGGGCACAGACUUACCGCAUUUGAAAGGGGUGGGAACCGUCUUUUCGGAGCCUUGCGCAAUGAACUUCGUGGGAGUGAAAGCUCUUCGCAAACCUGGGGACAAAGUUCACAUUUGUGUGCGGUGCGAUUUCCCGAUUGCUGUUUACGGCCGGCUGAUACCGUGCGAACAUGCGUUCUGCUUGACGUGCGCCAAACUUUAUCCAACUUGCUUCCUGUGUGAAGAAAGGGUUACACGUAUUCAAAAGAUGGACGUCCUAGAAGGUAUCUAUAUCUGUGGUGCCCCAGGUUGUCUGCGCUCUUUCCUUGCAAGACCCGAUUUUGACUUGCACAUCUCUGAUGCCCAUUCCCAGCUCUUGCAACUGGAGCAGGGAAGAUUAUCACCAGAAAGAAAUCCCUCUGCUGCAAACUCAUUAUCUGAAACUCAGGUUCAGUCACAACAUGCUGAUGUUGCCCCCCCUGUACGGCAACCCUCUGGCACCCUGCAGGUGCUUCUCCCACGAAAAGAACCCCAGCGUAAGCCACCGAAAAGUGUUCGGCAAGACCCUCUGGGUCUACUCGCGCGGCCAGUCCCUGAGCUUCGGCUGCCGGAGGAGUUCCCACACCACCGCGCCGGCGACCAGCGCACGAACUCAUCUAAAGACGGUAAAACCCAGGGGAACGAUCAAAAGCUGCUGCCCAGAUACAGGGAGUGGGAGAUGCAUGCUCCUCAAGGGCAAGGCGAGAAUGAGAGAAACACCCAUGAAGGGGAGUCACUCAGAGAGAGACGGUUAGAUGGAGGCUCCUCGAAUCAUUCAGGACGAAGGAAGGAAAGAGAGGGCGACAAGGGCGGCCCCCCUCCUCAUCCUCCUCCUCCUCCCCCCUCCCUUCCACCCCCGAAGAAAUCACACAAGCAGGAGCAGCAGCAACCGAUCCAGCAACUGCCUCCUCCACCUCCUUACCCUCCCCCAAGCUUUCCUCCGGCUUAUCUUCCCCAGCAAGAGGGAAACAGCUUUCCUUCUCGGUUUGAGGCUCCAAGGAGUUUCCACUCUGGCAUGCUGUAUGAGAAUGGUCAUCAGUUGAGGCACCCUAAUGGUUCUAUUAGACCUCCUGAGGGUUAUGGACAGGGAGGUCACAGGUCCAUGAAUGGGAAUAGCCAAGAACAAUUCGGUCAAAAUAGACCACUUCGACCACAUUUCCAUUCAGAUUAUAGCCCACCCAUGGGCCACCUUCCUCCUCCAGGACCUCCAGGACCUCCAGGCCCUCAUCACAAGCGGCCCAAGUUGAAUGAGCAGGGGAUGGAUUACAGCACCUGGGGGCCUGGGACUCCUGGCCGCUUUGCAGGGCCGCCUCCUGGCUAUGGUUACCCGAAUUGGAUGCCCCCUGCAAACUCUUGAAUGAAUGAUGUAAAGAUUAGGCCAGAUGCAUGGGUAUCUGGACUUUCUGAUGAAAUAUUUGAGUGCAGUGAAGUGCUGAGGAAAGCUUCGGCCUUAGGGUAAAGCUUGGUCUUCCUCGAUGAUCCGCAUUCAGGUUUUAUUCUCACAGUAGCUUCAAGGUCACGCAGGCACAGCUACUCAAUGGGCUUCUUGUACAUUUCUUUCUUGAGAAACAUUUUUUCUUAUUAAUUAUAUAUAUAUAUAUAUAUAUAUAUAUAUAUAUGGCUGA